AUGAGUUAUGAGGAAUUAGUUGAAGUAGUAGAAACGAACGGAUGGUCACUGCAGAGGAGCAACAUUUUCAUCAAGAAUUAUACCGAUAAUACACGUGGCUUUUAUCCAAUGCAGCACGAUAAGAACGUUACUGGAACGGCUGGCGUAAGUCUAUCGUCUAUCACACCUUAUGAUAGUUUCGUCCAACAACAACAACAACAACAACAACAGCAAUCAUCAAGUGGUAGUUCAGUACUACCAACUCGAUUAAUAUCAUCUCUAUCUUCUGAGCUAUCAAAUUUAGAUGGAGGUGAUUCGCAAGAUUCAUUGCAACAGCAACAGAAUGAUACGACACAAAAAUUGCUAGCUCAUCUUAGUUCAACUAUUAAUAGUGGUCCUUCUGUACCACAUGUAACAACAACAACAACACCUCAACAAGCUUACAUAACUGCUGCAGCUGCAGAAGAAGCUAAAUUAAUGGAAACCAGAAAGCAGGAACUUCUCCAAAAAUUACAACAACAAUUAAAUAGUAGCAAUAAAGUAUCCGCUAAUGGUACCACUAAUGCAACCGUUGCAGCACAACUUUGGCUACAGCAAAAUUGCGCUGCAUUGCAGCAGCAGCAACAGCAACAACAACAACAACAACAACAACAGCUGGCGAAUAAGAUAAAUCAAAAUCAAUCCUCGAUUAUUUUGACCAAUCAUUCGACUACUGCAAAUCUGAUACCUGAAACACAUCAAAUUCAACAGGAUGUUAAGCAGCAGCGAACUUCAUUCCUGAAUUCCGAUUAUCAGCAACUUGUACAAAAUGGUGAUUUACGAUUACAGGAUGAAAGUGAACAGCAGUUUUUAUCAGAUGUUAAAACUGUUACAGUAUCACAACAUCAUACAUCUCUAUCACCACAUCCUGUGGUACAUACCGAUGAUGGUUCCAGUGCUUUCCGGCUGCUGAAUCAAAAUAUGGAAAUGCGGCAAGAUCGUGCUAUUACUGCUACAGCAGUAAUAACUCGAGAUUGUGAUGAUGUAUCAAAUUUUGCAAUACCAUCAUCAUCAUCAUCGUCAACUUCCUCUUUUGUGACAUCAUUGUCACGGAAUCAUAUCACAUCCGUAGAAAGAGAUUAUCAUCAUAACGGAGAAGAUGAUACAAUUGAAUCGAAACUUGUCAUCGGUGAUAUCGAAAUGACCGAUGAUUGUAGUAAAACUGACAAAACUAUUAACAUUGAUGAGUCUUAUUCAGUUAGCAAGAUAACUGAUGAAGGAGGAGGAAAUGAACAAUCAUUAUUAACAACCGGAAUCAGUAAUGAAAUUAUUGGCAUCUCGACAUAUGCAACUAUGGGUUCGGUAAUUCGUACGGAUAGCGAUGAAUUUACUGAAAAAACGGAUAAUGUCGAUGAACAACCACGAAUGAAAUCUAUUUUAGAUUUUGUGGAUGGAGAAGUGGAAAUAGAUGUUGAGCACAAAGAAUGUGAUGAAGAUGAAAUGGACGAAAAACCGUUAACUGAUGAUGACGAUGCCGGAAGCGGAAUAGUUGAUGAUAGUGAGAGCAGACUUCUGGUGAGUGGCAUGGAAUCUCCAGAAAUACAUGGAACACGUACGGAAACACCGCUUGGACAAACUCGAUUUACGGCAAUAUGCAUUGAAGAACGUAUCCUAAAUGAAAAAUUAAUCCCUUCUACGACAUCGUCAACAGCAACAACCUCACGUUCCGCAGCUAGCAGUGUCAGUCCAUGCCAUCGUUUAAUGCCGCAAACCGCACAUGCGGCACCAAGCCCACGAUCCGAAUCCAUCUCAAGUACGCCUAGUUCGUCAACAUUUUGCCGUGCUCCUGGCCUAGGCCCGAUAAAUGUUACGGAAGCGCAACAAUCUGGUGCCGCACUUCCGCUUGUCUGUAAUAUCUGUGGCUUCUCGUGUAACUCUAAAUUCCACUACAAUUCUCAUAUGAACACUCAUGGUGAUCACCAGUGCACAAUGUGCGACUAUACGUCACGUACGGAGGGACGUUUAAAGAAACACAUGCGUGAUUCACAUACCGUUGAGGAACAACUUGCUGCAGGUCUUGACGUAGAACAAGCGUUAACUAACAGUACUUCUACAUCAAGUACACCGGUAGCACGAAUCACGACAACACCUGUCGAUGCUAGCAGUCUUUCAACCUCAAUGGCUUCUGUCCUAGAAGCAGCUAAUUUGGCGGCAGCUGCACAAGCUGCGGCACAAGCUGUUGCCGCUAGUUGUUCAUCGAACUCAAGCAGUGGUCCAACAACAUCAGCACAAAGUGAUUCCGGUAGUGGUCUAAGUUUGCCGUCCGGUUCAGGAACUCCACCAUCAAGCGAUAUAAUUUCAUCAUCAAAGCUCUCCGGUGCUGCAAAUUCCAUAAGUGGAUUGGUACCAUCUGCUCUGGAUCAAAUUCGUGCUUUCACCGAAAAUCCAAGUGUGUUACCGGAUUUAUCAUCAGCAAAUUUAGCUACAGCACUGAUCUCACAGGGUCUUCUUAGUUCACAAGCAUUCCAUGAAAGCAUCAAAUCAAUAAACAGUGAUGAGCAAUCAAUUAGUCCGGUAAACGGUGAUAAACCAAGGCAAUGUUCAAGUAAACCAAAAACAUACAAAUGUAAACAAUGUAGUCAUAUCAGUACGUCUAAAGAAGAGCAAUGGGCACAUGCUCGAACUCAUAUACCUGUGGAAAAGCAACUUGGUUGUACAAGAUGCGGUUUUGUCACCGAAUAUAAGCAUCAUUUGGAAUAUCAUUUACGGAAUCAUAUGGGAUCUAAACCAUUCCAUUGUAAAAAAUGCGCUUAUUCCUGUGUUAAUAAAUCAAUGCUUAAUUCACAUAUGAAAUCACAUACAAAUAUUUAUCAAUUUCGUUGUCGUGAUUGUACCUAUGCUACAAAAUAUUGUCAUAGCUUAAAAUUACAUCUGAGAAAAUAUAAUCAUAAUCGAGCUACUGAUGUCACCGAUUCACCUGUAAGCAUUACUGUCAAUGCUACUGCUAGCACAAGUGAUCUUUGUAAUGGUACAACGCAAGUAGUUGCGGAAAGUGAUGAUACAGCAAUGCGACGUCUUAGUGAAUCACUUGCGGUACAAUCUACUGAUGGUGGUUCCUCACCGGAACCACUACCAACAACAUCAACUAUGGCACAAGAGUUAACUGCUGCAUUAGGUAUGACACCGGUUGUCACCACUAAUUCACUGGAUAUAGCAUCACAUUUACUCUUCCGUCAGCAACAUCAGAUGGAAGAAAUGGAAUUAUUGCUCCGAUUAAAAAAUAUGGCUGGUCUAAAUCCAGGUGCUAUGCUUGGUAUAUCAUUGCAAUGUCCAGCAUGUAGUUAUCAGGCAAUCAAUCAGGGUGACAGUUUACGACAUCAGCUAGGCCAUCUGAUCGGUCCAAAUGGUGAAAAUCCGCUUAUUCCACUGUAUAAUAUAUUUGGAAUACCGCAAACAGCUGGUGUACCCAGUAGUGAAACAUCAUUCGAUUCAAGUAGCAAUCUAAAUGAGCAAAUGGAACAACAAGAUGAUGAAAUGGAAACAUCAAAAGUGGAAGUUGAUGAUUAUAUUAGUGGUGCUGAAGUUGAUGAAAAAACCGGCAUAACCGAUUCGGAAGAUCAUAUGAUGAGUGAUAUUUCCGGUGAGUCAGAGGAUUCACCAAGUUCUGGAAAAAGUAGCACUGAUGAAGGUUCAUCCGGUAUGGAACAGGAAAGCGAUAAAGGUGCAAAAAAGCGAAAAGCCGGUUUAAAGCUAAAUCAAAUUGCUGCACGACUUCAGGAGAAAAAUUCACCUGAAAAUCCCGGUUCCAGUGAUAGUAUGAAUGAUUCUAAGUAUGAAGGAUUGUUAUUAUCAGGAAUGAAAGAGAAUCCAUUAAACGAAAUGAGUGGAACUUCUGUAGGUAUAACUUUAGAUUCACAAGAAGCGCCAUCAAUAUCAUCAUUAACGUCAACAACGCCAUUAGCGCCACAACCACAAUUGAUACCACCGCUUGGAAUACAUAAUGAUUUGAUUAAUUUAAGCAAUUUAAAUAUUUUUCAACAAGCAUGUAUUGCUCAUAUGCAAGAAAUGGAGCGUAAGCUACAUAUCCUAGAAAUGUGGCGUUUUUCAUGCGGUCAUUGCAAGAUGGCAUUCCAGGAUGAGCCAUUAUAUCAUAUUCAUAUGGGAUAUCAUGGUUAUGAAAAUCCAUUUAAAUGUAAUCGUUGUGGUCAAGCAUGUUCAGAUUUUCUUACAUUCAAUCUUCAUUUAUUACAAGCAAAACAUUAA